AAUAGCAAAGUAUGUAUCCAGUCAAUCAUCAGCCAGGCUAAGAAGAAAUACUAUUACUUUCCCCCUCAAGCCCCUCUCCCUCCCUUCCUUAAGGUAGCCAAAGGAGGGAAGGAUCUGUAUUCUUAACAUGGUUCGUCUAUUUUAUCCUUUAAUUUUUAAUUGCAGCAAGAGGGAAACAUGCCUUCCUUAUCCAAUCUGACGCAGACCCUGGAAGAUGCCUUCAAAAGGAUUUUUACUACUUACAUGGACGGCUGGCGCAGGAACACCACAGCCGAACAAGAGGCUCUGCAAGCCAGGGUCGAUGCUGAGAACUUCUACUAUGUCAUCCUGUACCUCAUGGUGAUGAUUGGGAUGUUCUCUUUCAUCAUUGUAGCCAUUCUGGUGAGCACGGUGAAAUCCAAGAGACAAGAGCACUCCCAUGACCCCUACCACCAGUACAUUGUGGACGACUGGGGCGAAAAGUACAAAAGCCAAAUUCUGAAUCUAGAAAAUUCGAGGGCCACCAUCCACGAGAACAUUGGUGCAACAGGGUUCACAACGUCUCCUUGAGAAGCAAGAAAGACCCAAAGCCAACAUCUGACAUCCAGGUGUGAAGAGAUGCCAAUGUAAUGAAGGAAAUCUAAAUUGCUAUUGCUUAUAAGAAAGUAAGUUCCUUGCUCUCUGUUGAGAGU